GCACUUUACUCGGGUUAACGCGGCUCAGACCUUCUGCUGUGGAAUAAGCGGCGUCCACGCGAAGGCGCUCAGCAGGUUGGCGCAAUCCACAACGACCUUUUCGAUGGACUUCUGUGGCAAUGUGGAUUUUUUUUUUUUUUAUUGAACCGCUUCUGCAAAGUCCCGCGAUGCCUCCUCUGUCUGCACGAGUGCGAAACGAUUUCCAGUCCGGCUUGUAGGUGUCGCUGUUGACCACGUAUGUUUCCGCAGUGCCCGCGCGUGCGGGGAGAGGAGGCUGCGUCUCAAGGCCAUUUUCAAAUCUCAUUGGUGGGCUUGUCAUGUGGUUGGGAGGCAUCCUGACUUGCACUCGGAUUGUUUUUCCUAGAUAUGUCAGCUUACAAAGGACAUCUCAUCCGCUUUAAAGAACUUAACCCCCCAAAAUGUCCUUUCCCACUAGCACCCCGGCGCCAAACACAUUUUUAGUGGACUCUUUAAUUGGCGCCUGCAGGACGGACAGCUUUUACUCCAACGGCAACAUGUACAUGCCGUCUGCCUCAGAAAUGGGAACUUACGGAAUGCAAACCUGUGGACUCCUGCCGUCUUUCGGCAAAAGAGGAGACGUCAACCACCAAAAUAUGGGCAUGAAUGUCCACCCGUACAUACCUCAGAUAGAUAACUGGACGGAUCCGAAUAGAUCCUGCAGAAUAGAGCCGGCCAGUCAGAUGACAAACUGUUCAUUUUCACAGAGCAUAAAGGAGGAGAGUAACUGCUGCAUGUACUCCGAUAAGCGAGUACAAAAAGUCAGCUCGACAGACGUCCCCGCAUAUUCUAGCGUUAUUCCCGAUUCCUGUCCAGCCGACGGUCCAGAGAUCCCGGUUCCGGGCUAUUUUCGACUGAGCCAAACUUACGCGAAUGGGAAGCACCAGGAGGACUACUGCCAUGAGGCACCGAGUCCGAACCCGACGCUGAUGCAGCUCAGCCGGGUCACGCCGAAACCACAGUCCUCCUUGACGUCCUCUAAUUUUGCGGACGUGGAAAAGAAAAGCGAAGACGAGCAGCAAAACCCCGAGGCGUCACGGACAGCGGCUCCAGCAGAAAGUCCCGAUCCAAAGUCUAACUCGGAGGAGAAAAGCCCCAUGGACGCAUCCGUUUCCAGCCCCGAGCUGCCACAGAAGGAAGGGAAAGACAGCAAGAGCGACGCGCCAACGAGCAACUGGUUAACGGCGAAGAGCGGAAGAAAGAAGCGAUGUCCCUACACAAAGCACCAGACCUUGGAGUUGGAGAAGGAGUUUUUGUUCAAUAUGUAUCUGACCCGCGAGCGCCGCCUGGAGAUCAGCCGGAGCGUCAGCCUGACCGACAGGCAGGUCAAGAUCUGGUUUCAGAACCGCAGGAUGAAGCUGAAGAAAAUGAACAGGGAAAACCGCAUCCGCGAACUGACCUCAAACCUCACCUUUUCGUGAGCCCGCAUGUUUCCGUGGUUUGCUGUCCCUUUUAUCUCUCAUCCAGUUUGAUGCUGCGGUGGCAUCGGACGUUUAUCUUCGAUGUCAACCAAACUGUGAUUGUAUUGCCAGUCUUAGUACGUUGUGUGGCGCCGUGUAGCCUCUUUGUUUCAUCCACAUGCAGGGUAACGUUUUUAUUUGGUCUUAAAUUAUUGGAGAAGCGUUUUGAGCCAGUGGACGUCGUGGAUGCGGUGUCGGUGACGAGCAGCGUGGACAGUUACUCUGUUUCAGUCAUGGAAGCACAUUUAUUGUUGUAUAGUGCAUCGUUUGUUUUACAGUGCGUGCAAGCCAUUUCCUCAACCGCGACGUGUUUCGAUGGGCCCUUUUAAAGUGGCGGAAAACAAUGUAAAUGUGUGACUCUACUGCAUGUUUGUGGCAUGUUUCCUGCAAUAAACGGACUGUCAAAUAAUCCUCA